CUAUCUCCAGCCAAGGAACGCAUUUUUAAUGUCUGCAUACUUGUGUAGCGCUUGUAUUUACGUAGCUGUGCUGGUCUCUCAUGCAGGGGAAGCAGAGCUGUCCCAUAAAUAGAGGGCUGGGUUAUGCAUCCUGCUCCUUCUGCCUGAGGUGGAUCUGCCCUGGAUGAGGAGCUGUGGGAUGGGGACAUAGGCCUGGGGUUCCCAUGUCUGCCCAGGCUCCUGUCUGGAGGGUCAGGGACUCUGGGGGUAGAACAGGAGUGAGCCCAUGGCCUCUUGACUCCCUCUCUCUUCCAAGAACACCUGAUCCCAGGAUAUUAGGAAGACAAAGUAGUUGAAGAGGUAUUUUGAAGAUUAUUAUUGGAUGAUGGGACAUCUCCUUUGCAUAGCCUUGUAAUGUCCAGCAAUAAAUUCAUCUGGUGGUGUGAUAGCUCCCUCAUUCAUUACAAGUCUAUGUCAGUAAAAUGCUCCCGCCUUGAGCUCAUCCAUGUAUUGUUACACCACCUGGAUUCAGGGGCUACAUUAUAGAGGAAUGUGGGCCACUAAACGCAUGUGUAGCACCCAAAAGCAAUGGCCUCAAUUGAAAGAAGAUGGACUGCAUGGUUGCGUAUUUUUAAAAAUUCAGCAGUUUUGGACUGGUGUUCUGGAUUACUGCAAUCUAAGAUCCACACAUGUUAAAUCCACACACAAUGUACAGAAUGAAUGGCUGAUAAAGGACAUGGCAAUGGCUGUUAGUGCUGAGGAAGUUAAAACAGCCUAUGGGAAAGGGCCCAAAGUAAUAUACGAUGAAAGACAGUUCAUGAUGGAAGCAAAAAUGAAACAUCUCAACCUGUCAUUUGCAGCUUGUGGAUUUCUGGGUAUAUACCACUUGGGGGCAGCAUCUGCUCUUUAUAGGCAUGGUAAAAAGUUACUGAAGGUUGUGAAGGCUUUUGCAGGAGCUUCUGCAGGAUCACUGGUUGCCACAGUUCUGUUAACAAUGCCAGAAAAUAUAGAGGAAUGUGAAGAGUUUACCUAUAAGUUUGCAGAUGAAAUUAGAAAACUGUACUUUGGUGCAGCAACACCAGGUUAUGAUUUCAUGACAAAACUUAGGGCAGGUAUAGAGUCUUUUCUACCGUCUAAUGCUCAUGAGAUAGCAGAGAAUCGUCUCUAUGUAUCAAUCACCAACACUAAAAAUGGAAAAAAUCAUUUGGUUUCAAAUUUUGGCUCCAGGGAAGACCUCAUUAAGGUUCUUCUAGCCAGCAGUUUUGUGCCAGUGUAUGCAGGAAUUAAACCAGUGGAAUAUAAAGGAGAGAAAUGGAUUGAUGGUGGCUUGACCAAUGGCCUGCCUAUUCUACCUGUGGGACGAACACUCACUGUGUCUCCUUUUAGUGGGCGAUUAGAUAUCUGUCCACAAGACAUAGGACAUGUUGAUCUCUAUAUUAAAGUUGCAAAGCAAGACCUAAUGUUGUCGGUGGCCAACCUGGUAAGACUUAAUCAAGCUUUAUUCCCACCAAGCCAGAAGAAGAUGGAAUCACUUUACCAAAAUGGAUUUGAUGAUGCAGUACAUUUUCUAUUAAAGGAAAACUGGUUUGAAUAGAUUAUGUGCUUGGAAAAUUACCAAUGUCUCUUGGUUGUCAAAACUAAGUAUACGUGUUAUGCAGAAUCCAAAAGAUUGCUGCCAUGAUUUUUGUUUAUUAAAAUACAAAUGUCUUAGGUAUUGCAUCUGUCAAGAAAAUAUAUAGGUGCUUUGCCUGAAAUUUGUCAGCAUGUCAAAAUGCAUAACUAUACUUACAUAGUAAAAAGAUCUGCUCUUUCAAAUAUGUGUAAUAGUAAAAUCUAUUAAAAUUAAAAGGUUUUAUUUUAGGAUGCAUGGUUCAGACUAGUGUAUUGCUUUGUGACAUACUGAAAAUGAGAUUGCUGAUAUUAAUCAUAUAGGAGGUACUCAUUCAUUUUGUGUCCUGAUAUGUGUGCUGUAUUUAGUUCUCUUAAGCUUUGAAUACUUGUGUACCUUCCUUGUUAAUUCUAUUUUGUGCACAGCAAUUGUAACUCUUGAAGCGUGAACUCUUGAUUACAAAGAGACUAUAUUUCUUUAAUUAUAAUACAUAUAGUUUUUUCACUAUAGAACUUCUUGUCCUUAAAAUUGGUUUCAGAACUUUAAAAUCCUGAAAAUACUCCAUCUCUUUCAAUAUUUAAAAACUUUUACAAAAUGUGUAAAAUAUGUUAGAAGAUUGAGACAGAUAUAAUUAAUUUUAUUUGUGCACUGGUUCUUUGUCUACUAAAUUUUAAUAAACUAAUUUAUUUUUGGAACUUUAGUUAUUUGUAAAUUUCUCAAUACUGUGGUGUAAUGUUUUAUUGAUCCAUUUUGGACAAAUGAUUAAUAUUUUUGAAAAAAGUUUACAUAAAUUCCUAGUUUCCACCUCACUAAGGGCAUGAUCCUGCACCAUUAAAGCUAAUAGAAGUUUUUUCCCUUAAAUUAACUGGGUGCAAGAUGAAGUCCCAAGGGCAUAAGUUACAAAAGGGUCUCUAAUAACUUUCCAGUGAAUAAUUUAUAGAAAUUAAGAGACAACAUUUUGGAGAUCUAAUCUGACAUGUUCCGCUGAGAUCUCAAAUAUCCACAUUUUAAAAAUACUAUUUGACAUGAGGCUAAUUGAAGAAAUUUUGAACUGAUUUCAGUAAAAGAUCUUUGAAAAGCUCUUACAGUGGGGUUUUUUUUUUCUGUAAGAACGUUUUUCCAUUGGAGUUAAUGGAAAUUCAGAUAACUCAAUAACUAACCAUUUCAGAUUCUGAAGGCUUUUCUAUUGAUUUAAUUGUGUGGGUCAAGCUGUUAGAUCCUUAUAUAUUAAAAAAUGGUUGUGAGGAUUUUUUUUAUAUUUGUUGGCAUUUUCAGUAGCAUUUCUUGUUCAAAAAAUAUGCCUUGGGUCACAUGCAGUGAUUAGUCUAUUUGCACGGUAAAAAGUAAACUGUGUAUAAAUUAUAUAAUAUUCAAAUAAACAGUGACAAGUACCCUGCAGUCUUUG